AUGGGCAAAACUUCACAGAGGAAGCAAUGUGACUGUGAGAACCCAUCAAAGCCUUGUUUAAAUACCUCAAUCCCCUUGAGGAUGUCUAGUUAUACAUUCAAGAGGCCAGUCACUAAAAUCACAUCCCAUCUGGGCAAUGAGGUAAGAUACUAUCAGUGGGAGGAGACCUUGGAGAAGCCAGAACAAGCCUACUGGCAGAAGAGACUUCAAGGACUCCAGGCCUACAGCAGUGCAGGAGAACUUUUGAGCACGUUAGACCUUACCAAGGCUUUGAAAGACCUCACACCUAAAGACACAGAUGCCUCUGCUUCAGCUACUCAAGCCAACAGCAUUGACCCCAGACCCAUGCCCAGCCUUGAGUCAUCUCCACAUUUGUUGAAGAUGAUUCCAGAAGCAGGCCCGCAGAUUCUUUGCAAAGAAUUUCUGGUCACAGAAGAGGAUAUUAUCAACCAGGAAAGAAAAGUGAAAAUAGCAAGAGAAAGACUGGCAGUGGCGCUGAUUGCACACAAGCUAGCAAAUGAGGCAGAAAAAGUGAGAGUGUCAAGGAAGGCAAACUUAAAAACAUAA